UCUGUUCGGUGGAGCCGUUGUCACGUUCUAUCGUUAAAUUCGGUUGUUUGCAAUGCGGUUCUAACUAGAUCGAUUCGUUCUAUUGCUGUGGGACUGUGGCGAAGUCGUGAAUUAUGUGAUUCCAAAUUUGGACAAAUUUCGAAGCAAAAAAAUCAUAACAUUCAUAAUUGAAUUCAACCGUGCAGUGCCAUCCGGAGUACGAAAACCUUAAGCAAUAACCAUUUGUAUUGUCGUCGAUUGGAAUCUUCGCGCUGGAAGCAUCAUGAAGUAGAAGAACCGGGCCUCCAAAGUGCAACGGAAAAAACGUGAUCAACCGUGUGGGUGCAGACAGACAGUCAGUGCAGUUUAGUGUGUCAGAAAAAGGUUAAAUCAACACACGGUUGCCUCCAGCGAUCCCGCGCUUGAACAUCAUCAGCAGCAGUAGCAGCAACAGCCGAAAGCAUCCAUUCCGAAUCAUGAAUCGAAUAAUGAAUCGUUUGAUUGCACUUGUCCUACUUGUGUGUAUGCUGAGUGCGGCAGCAUUUGCCAAAGGAGCCAAACGAAAACGCCUGCUGUACGACCUAUCCGAUCCCGUUGUGACGGUAACUGAAUCCACCUCAUUUUAUCAUCCUCCCUCCUUCCAAUCGAACCUCUAUUCUGCCCAUGCCCCAGUCCUCGAUCAGAUAAUCAAACCCUUUCCAAACCCUCUUCCAUCCUACCACCCGAAGCCUUCCCUUUCCAACAUAUACAAGAACAAUUACUUCGAAUACUCAAACUAUGGCUCACCGUUCCAAUUCAUCGGUGGAAACCACCUGGGAUUUCAAGAUGAAACGACUUACAUCGCCGAUGGUCGAAUUUUGAAACAAUACUCCGUCACAGAACACCACCCCGAAGAAAUCGAACGAAAUCGGGUGCUGCAAUCCAACGAGUAUCGCUCGACGCAGUCCUUCUUCGACGGUAGAUUCCAACCCGUUCUCAAUCAAUUUGAUUAUUCGCCAUAUACAACCAUUGGAUUCAACCCACGAUUCGGACUGCCACUUGAUAGCCGUCAUCACUCACCCUUGCUGACGCGAAACCACGGACCCGUGGCUCUCGGGUCCGGUUCGAUUGGAUAUAUUCACGGUCCCAAUGGAGUUGCUAUCGGAUCCGGAUCACUCGGCUACAUCAGCCACAAGGAGCAUCGAGAAUCACUGCAGGAGCUGAUUGAGCGAAAAAGCCGGAAGCACCGCCCUGGACCGCUGCACUUUGGCCAUAACCACGAUUGAAGAUCGAUUGUUUAAAUUAAAUUUUCAGUUAUUGUUUACACUAUCGAGGGCGUUCUUGAAAAUAGAGGCUGUUCCUAUGCGACAAUUGCAACCGCAACCGCAACCGGAAAGAACGUAAGAGUUAAUUAGCUUAUUAGAUUUCGAGAUUGUUGUUUAGCAUAUAGAUUGAAUCACACGUGCCUAAUAUAUAGUUACCAGUGGGAAGAAGCAGACAUAGAUCCAGCCGAGGGGAUUUAGGAACGAACGAAUUACGCUUUGUACAGUUGUAUAUAUGUAGCUCCAUGGUGACAGGAGACCGACGAGAGAGUUUUGUUUUUACGAAAUCCUAUAUUCGACAUG